AGCGCUCUUCCUGCCUGCCCGCCCGCCCGGCGCUCGCUCGAGAGUUCCAAUCCCCCUUUAAGCCAACAAGCCCAAGGAAAAGCCGAGGCGCCUCCGCCAUGCCGAAGAGAAAGGUGAACGUGGCUGAAGAAGAGCCAAAGAGGCGAUCAGCACGACUGUCAGUUAAACCUGUCAUUGCCAAAGUAGAAGCAAAGCCAAAAAAGCCCGCUUCGAAGGACAAAUCUGAGGAAAAGAAAACCCAAGCUAAAGGGAAAAGGGGACCAAAAGGGAAACAAACUGAAGAGAUUAAUGACGAGGAAAUAAAGGAUAACUUGCCUGCAGAAAAUGGAGAAGCAAAGACUGAGGAGACUCCAAUUUCUGAUGCUGCAGGAGAGAAGGAAGCAAAAUCUGAGUAAUGUCUUUGUACAAAGUCUUUAAUCAGUGGUUCCUGUACCACCAUCCUGUACAAUUCAGAGGAUUAUUUUUAUCAACUAUUUUGUAAAUGCAAGUUUUUUAGUGGUUUUAGAGAACACAUUUUUUAAACAUGGGGGAAUGCCCUCCAUAUCCCAUUUAAUAUAGGUGAGUGUAAAUGCUUCCCUUUAAAAGAUAAAAAAUCAUGUUCUGGUUGUCUACUCUCUGCAACCGAUAAUUAAUGGAAUGUUAGAUAAUGGGUAAAUUUCAAAAUAUUGAUCACUUUCAGUUCAAUCCUUUGUGUGAUUUCUGAGAAGUGAGUUCCACUCAUUUUAGUGGCACUUUUUAGGAAGCCUGCAUUGGAUUCCAGCCUUAACAUUCCACAGGCCAGGGUGGGCAACUUGCAAUUUACAUGUGGCCCUUGAAGCUAUCUUUACGCAGGAUUUUAAUUGCUGUGAUUUUAGCUUGGUUUCUUUAGAUGUCUAGCCCUCACAUUUUCAAAGAAAUUUAAACAGAAGAUAAAAAAAAAAACAUGCUUAGUACAGUGGGCUCUGGAUCCACAGUUUCAACUGACUGUGAAUGUUGUGCCCCAUAUUAUUAAAGCCAUGUUUUUCCAAAUUUGAAUGGGGUUCCAAAACAACCUCCACAGACACAUUAGGCCCACUGUAUAUGCCAGCAUGGUCACCAAAUGUAAAGAAAGUUGCUUAUCCCAGCUGUUUACUGAUAGCUUUUAUAAGCUGUUAACAGAAGCAGAGCACAGAUAAAAUUUUGACUUCCUGACAAGCAGGAAUUUGUUUUCACGUUUAACACUUACCUCCCUAAUUUGUCAUCAUUAGAAUGCUUCCUCAAUGAAAACUGCUCCCUGGUGUUUGAUCUCCCUUUCAGAUUUGUUCGGGCUGUGGCAGAGUUAUUUUUGGUAGUGGUAGUUUAUUUUUUCAACAGCUUUGUAAUGUGUUGUGAAAGGUUGAAAAUCUUGGUGUGUAGUGUGUGCGGUGUUCAAUUACUAAGUAAACAAUUUUUGGGGUAAAGCAGAUGUGACUUCACAAGACAGUAUUUUAGACAGUGGUACUUUUUCUACUUCUACUUUGAAUUAAUGGUCUAUUAAAGAGUUGUCAUAAGACUGGUUUACAUUCAUUUACUGGACGAAAAAUCUUUACAGAUAGUUAAUACCUGUGUGGUUAAUCCAACAAGAUUCAAUAAAAUAUUAAUUAUAAA